GGAAGGGUGAGGGCUGAUAUAACCGUGCUACAAACUAACUGUAAAAAAAAAAUAGAACAUUUGCAGUUGCAAUCUGUAAAGUUGAGGCGGGGCAGAAAUCGUCAGCAAUAUGUGAGACGGGCGUUUUUCUCAUUUCUGAAACUCUUCCAUUCUCCCUAACAUGCCUCAAGCAAGCAUGAAAAUGAACAGGUUCUGCCGGAGUAGGUGAUAAAGUCAAACAGCACGCUCUUUUUGACGAGUCCAGCACGGACUAGGAAUGCGAUUCAGUCUCAUUGGAGAAUACGUUUCGAAAGAAGGACUAAAUAGUUGCAAACAGCCUAAACUGAAACCAUGGACGUAUUCAAUUCAUGAAGAAUCUCAGUUGAGCCAUAAAGUUCUCUCUCAGGAAUCAGCAUGGCACACCGCUCUCAGUGUUCCUCAGCAGGGGAUAACCCCCUGGACCCCAAAUACCUGCCUUCCCACUUCCGCGAGGAGUACCGGCUGGCCAUUGACGCACUUGUGGAGGAUGACUUGGAGGGCUAUUAUGAAUUCCUUCAGAGUGCGGAUGUGGUGGACUUCCUCUCCAGACAGGAAAUUGAGCACAUUAGGUGCACAGUGCAAAUUCCAUACAAGAGCACUCAGCCAGAGCUCCCGUAUGUAGAGUCUGAGGGAGAUGGCUCUUCAGACACAUACUGGCCUGUGCACUCUGACUUGGAUGCACCUGGUCUUGACCUUGGCUGGCCCCAACAGCAUCACUUCAUAGGCCCCACCGAGGUCACCACGCUGGUUAACCCCUCUGAGCCAGAUAUGCCCAGUAUCAAGGCGCAGGCUCGUCGACUUAUCAAGAAUGCUCAACAAGUGAUUGCUGUGGUAAUGGACACCUUCACAGAUGUGGACAUCUUUGCUGAUAUUCUGGAUGCUGCCAUGCGAAGUGUUGCCGUGUAUAUCAUUCUGGAUGAACAGAAUGCACACCACUUUACUACCAUGGCUUCCAACUGCCGGGUCAAUCUAGAGAGCAUUCAAUUCAUGCGUGUCAGAACUGUGUCAGGCAUCACCUAUCGAUGUCGCUCUGGAAAGUCUUUCAAGGGUCAAAUGCUGGAUCGCUUCUUGCUGACAGACUGCAGGGCUGUCCUGAGUGGAAACUAUAGCUUCAUGUGGUCUUUUGAGAAGAUUCACCGUUGCAUGGCUCACCUCUUUCUUGGACAGCUUGUGACUACUUUUGAUGAGGAGUUCCGAAUUCUGUUUGCACAGUCCCAACCUUUGGUACCUGAAAAUGUCCUUGUUCCAGUGCCAGACUACAGCAAUUUAUCUGACAGCCAAUACAGCACUGAUAGGACACCAUUGUUCAGAGAUCCCAGAAAGUUCCUGCCCAUAGAGAGCUCUCGUCCUAAAGAAUGGGCCAGACAUUCCUUUGAUGAUCAGAAAAGAAUGCCCCCUGGAAGGCACGAGCACAUCCACAGAUCACUAGAUGAGGGUGCACUAGAUAUGCACAGAAACAAGUACUCCUCACAGCAAUUUAGAAUAGAGCAGCAGUAUUUUAUGGAGCAAGGUCACCCUAUGAUACAGUCGAACACAAUGGAUUUUGCUGGCUCUAAAAGGCACAGUUAUGCAGAGGGCACUUAUGCCAGACACUCCUCCUCUCAAUUCAUGCAGCACCAAGCCAUGCACAACUUUGAGGAGGGUAUGGCAACCCAGAGCAGGAAGAUACAUAGGGAACAGCAUCACUACCAGAGAACAGGGCCAGAGCCUGGUUAUGGUAGCUACGAUCAAUUCAGGGACCAAGGGUACCCUCCGAUGGAUCAGUAUUCUGAGUCUGGGUACCCACAUGGAAUAGAGAUAGAGCCACCAGACAACUAUGACCCUGUAGUGAAUUAUUUAUCAUCAUCGAAACUUGCUAUGGAGAUGGGCCAUGGCUCAGACAAAUUAUCACAUCCAGGAGAGGGUCCCUUUUGUCAUUCAAAUGCAAAAAGACUGAGCGUGGGCCAUCCUUAUGCCUGUCAGACCUCCCCAACACAACAAAACCUGUCUGAACAGAAGCAGUUUUUUGUUGGGUCUGGUUCGGACCGUAAAACACAGGAUCCCAGUGCAAAGCAGGGGAUGCGAGAUUGGAGGAUCAGCUCAUACCUCAGUGCAUAUGAUGAUGCCGGGGAAGAAGACAUUUCACAGCCUUUUGGAAAUGAUCCCUUUGAAGAGCCCCUUAAUCCCUCACAAGGAAUAAUAUUUGCUCCACUUUUAUCAGAUUCCAAGUUUAAUGCCAAAGAGUUACCCAAGAUUGCAGGGCUCAGGUUAAAGACCACACACCCAGAACAUUCAAGAACACCAGAUAUUAUUGUUAGCAUGGCAACAGAUGAAGGUGACAAAUCAGAGGAUAUGGAUGUAAAAGAGCCCAAAAGAGAAGAGUCAUUCCGUAGGAGGUUCAACCCUGCUAUCCAAAGGACCUCAAGGCUAAGAUCCUCACUAAUCUUCAGCUCACAACUAGAACAACAUAUCUCUCAAGAACUGAACCUUACCUCAGGCCAACAUUGUGAGGAAACUGCCAAUGAGGAAGAUGACCAAUCUAGAUUUUCCUUGACCGCUCAGAUUUUGGGAAAACGAAGAUCCAUAACAAGAGAACCUUUUCAAUGGAGAUGUAAUAAGCCAGCAACAGUUGAUAAUUCAACCAUAGAGUCUUUGAAAUUUGAGGACAUCACUACAGAUGCCGGUGAUAAGGAAUUGCAAAAUAAUCCUCCUUUGGGCACCAACAUGGCUUCUUCAAAGGAACAACCUAAACCUGACCAUGAAGGAGAAAGCAAAAUGGUACAAUGUGCACAUCCAUCCAAAUCUGCUCAAAUUGAGCAACCCAAAACCAUACAAACAGAACACCUGCCAUCUUCAUUGAGCAAUACAUUAUAUAUAGAUAUGAAUGAUCCAGACAGUAGGUUCAAGUUUUUUAAAGAGUUGGCUGCCAAACGAAAAGCUGCAAAAGCUUCAGAGUCUGAGAGCAGCGCUGAAAAAGCUCCUCUAAAUCCAGUGACUCCAUUUGACUUGAAAACAAAGGACGAAGUCACAAGUGUACAACCUACUCUUCCAGUGGCUCCACUAAAUCCAGCAGAUACUUCCACCAAAAAGCCAUCUACAUCAACAGAGGGACCUCUUAACCCAGAAGAUACAUCAAACAAAAAGAUAGCAACAUCAACAGAGGCCCUAGGUAAUCCAGCAGAUACUUCAACAAACAAGACAUCAACAUCAACAGAGACCCCACCUAUUCCAGCAGAUACUUCAACAAACAAGACAGCAACAUCAACAGAGACCCCACCUAAUCCAGCAGAUACUUCAACAAACAAGACAGCAACAUCAACAGAGACCCCACCUAAUCCAGCAGAUACUUCCAACAAAAAGCCAGCUACAUCAACACAGACCUCUUCAGAAACACUGGAGACCUCACCUGUCUCACAGGGGAAUAAAGCAUCCAUGGCAACAAAUAGCUCAUUACAUCUUGAUGUCAAAGACAAGGCUUCUAAAAAUAAAGAACCGGAAGAACUUAAUCUUCCCAAAAGUGACUCCAAAACAUUCCUCAUUCGUAGAUUAUCUUGUGACGAUGGGCUACUUAGAGUCUCUAUGGAUGCUGAGAAGAUUGAGCUGAAGAACAGUCAGAACCAAAGUGUGUCUGAAGUUAACACAAGAGAUAAAAGUGCAUUUCUUGAGCGCACCUCAAAAGAGCGUAUCUUUAACAUCACCCCAAAGGAGUUUAGUUCAUAUAAACUAUCACCAAAGGAACCAAAUUCUUCAAAUCCUGCUUCAAAGGAGCUGAGCCCAUCUCUUCCACUCACCCUAACAGAAGUUAGCUCGUUGUUAUCUCCAACAUCAACGAGUUUCAGUUUAGCUAAUCUCACUUCGUUUAAACAUGCCACAAAAUAUUUGAGCUCAGCCCUUACCCCCACCCUUAAUGAGUCCAGUUCAUCAAAGCAGAAAUUACUAUCCUCUAAACCAGUCACAGUAGAGUCCAACAAACCUCUGAGCCUCACCCAAUCCGAAUCAAGUGUCUCUUCUCAUCCCAUUCCAUCAAAAUCCAGCACCUCUGCUCAUACCAUCCCAUUGCAAUCAAGUCCCCCCAUUAUUCCUGGUCCAGUUGAGCCAGUUGUGUCUCCCAAGCCUGACAAAACUGAUUCCAAGGAAUCUCUUAGCCCUACCCCAAUGCAAUCUUGCUCGUCCUCAAUCCCUGCCCCUGCAACAAAACUUAGCCUUCGGCUAAGCUCUACCCAAACAAAAUCCAGUUCCUUACCUACAUCCACCUUAGUUGGGUCCACUUCAUCAACACCAAUAGACUCUAACAUCUCUCCCAAUCCCUCCACAAAGGAUUCAUUGUUUACAAUUGCCACAACUGAGUUGAAGUCACCCUCUCCAAAGACCAACCCAAUAAAAUCCUACUCCUCUCCUAGUCCUGGCCAAGAUGAGUUUGUUUUAUCCCCCAAACCCUCCAAAACAGCAUCCAACUCUGAUCCAAAGCCCACCACAGCAGAGUUGAAUGACUUUCCCAACUCCUCACUUCCAUCGCCAAAGCAUUUCACGGAACAAGCCAACAAAUCUCCCAUCCUAACACCAACACAAUCUAGUUCUUCUUCCAAUCCAACAACAAGAGAACCCAACCCUCUUCCUAACAACACCCCAACAGAACCAGGUGCAUCUCCUGACCACACCCCAACAGAUUCAAGUGCAUCUUCUAACCCUACCCAAACAAAAUCACAUUCCUCCCCUAUGUCUGCGUCAGGUGGAUCAGUUUUGUUCCCAAUGUCUGGCCAAACAAAAUCUAUCACUUCUCCAAACCUCACCCCAACAGAAUAUUGUUCCUCUCCUAAUCAUACCCCAACGGAGUCUACCUCACCAUUCAACCAAGUCCUUGUAGAAUCCAACCCAUCAAGUAACUCAAACCCAACUCAUUCCACUGCCUCUCAUGACACUGUCCCAGUUCCAUCCGUCAUUGUGGAUAACAGUAAGAAGGGCAAACUAAGUAACCUUAUCAAGGAGCAAAAAGCUGGAAGUUCUCCUGCCGCUAAAGGUGACAAGAAAGAAGGUGAUGCUGAGAUAAUGAGCAAAACUGCUCCUGGAGAAUCCGCCUCCCAUGGACCUCAGAGUCCUGAUGAAACCAAAGAGAAUGAUAGCACUAUGAAACCAGAGAGCCCUACAGAUCAAACUAAUCCCAUAUCACCCCCAGUGAAGCAAGCUAAAGUAAGCCAGUCCCACUACCAUUCAUCUACUGCCAAUGUACUCUCAAGCAGCAACCUAAGAGAUGACACAAAGCUCCUUUUAGGGCAGAUUUCUGCUAACAGCCAGAGCCGGACAGAAUUCACUAUAGAAUCUGCUGUCACUGAUGAUGCCAAACAGGAUGAGGCUGACCGGGGUGUUAGUGGUAAGGAGGAAGAAUCAGCCCAAGGACAGAGCAGAGGCCCGACUAGAACUUCUCAGGAGCGGGAGAAGCUACUUCAGAGAAUCGAGAGCAUGCGGAAGGAGAGGAAAGUAUACAGCCGCUUUGAGAUGCCGCCUUAACCAGGGAUCGGAAGGAUGAUUGAGUAUGGAGAAAGACCAUCGCUAAUUCCCCUCUAAAACUUGUCCUUUAACUAUGUCCAUUCCCCAAAAGUCUAAAAUCACAGGUCAGAGAGGCACAGCUAGCUAACCAGCAGAGAGGUAUUAUUCUCAGGUUUCUAUAUUAGAGUGUUCCUCCGAAUGGACUAUCUGCAUGUAAAUGAUUAAGGUUUAUGGGAACAUGAACAGAAACUUGACUAAGUUGACUAAGUUUACCAACAUGGACUACUGUAUAAGUAAACCGAGACUCUACAGUGUGGACAAUGGACUACUGCCAUCUACAAGGUGGGACUGAAACAUGCAAUCUCAUCAGAUAAAUACACAGCUAAAUGUGAAAUGUAUUUGAAAACUAUUGUGUUCAUAGACACACCGGACACAGGUAUUGUUGACUGUAUGGGUCAACUGCAAUGUAAUAUCUGUUACUCUCAUGGUUGUUUAAUUAUUAUCUGUUUGAGGAUCUGUUUUAUAUACUAACAGACAUUUCAAAAUACAAACAUUAGAAUCACCAUUAAUCAUCAUAGAACAUGUAAUCAUCAUAAACAGUGCAAGUAUAGCUUUCAAGUAGUUAAUGGACCACUUUCUUAAUUUCAGUAGGUUAGUAGGUGUAACAAAUCAGGAUGACAAUGUGCAAGAUAAACCAAAUGCAGGUAACUGCCAAAAUAAUGUAAACACAUAUGUAAAUGAGGGAUACAAAGAAUAUUGAAGGCAUGUUCUUCCACACAGGUGUGGUUCCUGAAUUAAUUAAGCAAUUAACAUCAUGCGUUGGGUCAUGUAUAAAAAUGCUGGGGCGGCCAUUAUUUUGGAUACUAUUGUUAUACCCCCAUAGGAUGACAAUGUUCCCAUCCGCAGGGCACAAGUGGUUACUGAAUGGUUUGAUGAGCAUUAAAACAAUGUAAACCAUACGCCAUGUUUGUCUCAGUCACCAGAUCUCAACCCAAUUGAACACUUCUGGGAGAUUCUGGAGUGGCGCCUGAGACAACGUUUUCCACCACCAUCAACAAAACACAAAUUAUGGAAUUUCUCAUGGAAGAAUGGUGUUGCAUCCCUCCAAUAGAGUUACAGACACCUGCCGAAUCUAUGCCAAGGUGCAUUGAAGCUGUUCAUGGUGGCCCAACACCCUAUUAAAAAACAUUAUGUUGGUGUUUCUUUUAUUUAUUUAUUUUAUUUUUUGGCAGUUACCUGUGUAUGCAUGAAUAAUCAUGUGUAUUUGCACAAAAAUGUUAAUUCCAUGGGACAUUUCGAUCUCCUGUUUGGACUUUCAAAGGUAUGUGGUAUAACAGCCUCCACUCUUCUGGGAAGGCUUUCCCACUAGAUGUUGGAACAAUGCUGUGGGGACUUGCUUCUAUUCAGCCACAAGACCAUUGGUGAGGUCAGGCACUGAUGUUAGGUGAUUAGGCCUGGCUCUCAGUCGGCGUUCCAAUUCAUCCCAAAGGUGUUCGAUGGGGUUGAGGUCAGGGCUCUGCGCAGGUCAGAUGAGUUCUUCAACACCAAUCUCGCACAAACCAUUUCUGUAUGGAUUUCGCUUUGUGCAAGGAGGCAUUAUCAUGCUGAAACAGGAAAGGGCCUUCCCCAAAAUGUUGCCACAAAGUUGGAAGCACAGAAUCGUCUAGAAUAACCAUGUAAUCUGUAGCUUUAAGAUUUCCCUUCACUGGAACUAAGGGGCCUAGCCUGAACCAUGAAAAACAGCCCCAGACCAUUAUGUCUCAUCCACCAAACUUUACAGUUGCCAUUAUGCAUUCGGCAGGUAGCGUUCUCCUGUUAUCUGACAAACCCAGAUGUGUCUGUCUGAUUGCCACAUGGUGAAGCGUGACUCAUCACUCCAGAGAAUGCUUUUCCACUGCUCCGGCGUCCAAUUGGCGACGAGUUUUACACCACUCCAGCUGACACUUGGCUUUGCACAUGGCGAUCUUAGGCUUGUGUGCGGCUGCUCAGCCAUUGAAACCCAUUUCAUGAAUCUCCCGACGAACAGUUCUUAUGCUGACAUUGCUUCCUGAGGCAGUUUGGAACUCUGUAGUGAGUGAAGUGCAUUUGGAAGGUUUUCAGACCCCUUGACUUUUCCACAUUUUGUUAUGUAAGAGCCUUAUUCUAAAAUUGAUCAAAUUAGUUUUUUUGCUCAUCAAUCUACACACAGUACCCCCCGAUGACAAAGCGAAAACAGGUUUUUAGACAUUUUUGCAAAUGUAUUCAAAAUAAAGAACAGAAAAAACAUAUUUACAUAAGUAUUCAGACCCUUUGCUAUAAGAGAGGAAAUUGAGCUCUGGUUGCAUCCUGUUUCCAUUGAUCAUCCUUGAGAUGUUUCUACAACUAGAUUGAAGUCCAUCUGUGAUAAAUUCAAUUGAUUGGACAUGAUUUGGAAAGGCACACACCUGUCUAUAUAAGGUCCCACAGUUGACAGUGCAAGUCAGAGCAAAAACCAAGCCAUGAGAUCGAAGGAAUUGUCCGUAGAGCUCCGAGACAGGAAUGUGUUGAGGCGCAGAUCUGGUGAAGGGUACCAAAACUGUCUGCAGCAUUGAAGGCCAAGAACACAGUGGCCUCCAUUAUUCUUGAAUGGAAGAAGUUUGGAAUUACCAAGACUCUUCCUAGAGCUGGCCAAACUGAAACGUGGCACCAUCCCUACGGUGAAGCGUGGUCAUGGCAGCAUCAUGCUAUGGGGAUGUUUUUCAGAGGCAGGGACUGGGACACUAGUCAGGAUCAAGGGAAUGAUGAACGGAGCAAUGUACAGAAAGAUCCUUGAUAAAAACCUGCUCCAGAGUGCUGAGGAACUCAGACCGGACCUCAAACUGUUCACCUUCCUACAGGACAAUGACCCUAAGCACACAGGCAAGUCAACACAGGAGUGGCUUUGGGACAAGUCUCUGAAUGUCCUUGAGUUGCCCAGCCAGAGCCCGGACUUGAACCCGAUAGAACAUCUCUGGAGAGACUUUAAAAUAGCUGUGCAGCGACGCUCCCCAUCCAACCUGACCGAGCUUGAGAGAAUCUGCAGAGAAGAAUGGGAGAAACUCCCCAAAUACAGGUGUGCCAAGCUUGUAGCAUCAUACCCUAGAAGACUCAAGGCUGUAAUCGCUGCCAACAGUGCUUCAACAAAGUGCUGAGGAAAGGGUCUGAAUACUUAUGUAAAUGUGAAAUUUCCGUGUUUUUUUGUACUCUGUAUAAAUGUAAUAAGCUAAAUAAAGUGUGUAAAUGAACGCCA